AUAUCAUUGCUUCACAAGGUUGGUCCCAAGUUUAUGCUGUUUGCUCCUUUCCAGAUUCCAAGCACCGGCGCUGAAGAAACCAAGUCUGAUCUAGCAGCAGCAGACAUGGUCACAUUUUUUGGCGAUUUCAACUAUAGGCUGUUUGGUAUAUCCUAUGAUGAAGCAAGGGACUUCAUUUCACAGAGAUCCUUUGAUUGGCUCAGAGAAAGAGACCAACUUAGAGCAGAGAUGAAAGUUGGAAAAGUCUUCCAAGGAAUGCGUGAGGCAUUAAUCACUUUCCCUCCCACGUACAAAUUCGAAAGGAAUCGCUCAGGCUUAGGAGGAUAUGAUUCAGGUGAGAAAAAGCGAAUUCCUGCAUGGUGUGACAGAGUUAUAUAUAGAGAUACUCAAUCCAGCCCAUUCUCAGAGAGCAAUUUGCAAUGCCCUGUAGUCUCAUCGGUUAUAAUGUAUGAAGCUUGCAUGGAUGUUACUGAGAGCGAUCACAAACCCGUGCGCUGCAAAUUUCAUGCGACUAUAGCUCACGUUGAUAAAUCUGUGCGGAGACAGGAGCUGGGGAAAAUAGUAAGGUCUAAUGAGAAGAUACUAUCCAUUUUCGAAGAUUUAAGAUUGGUUCCAGAAACUACUGUGAGCACCAACAACAUUGUUCUUCAGAGUCAGGACACAGUCAUCCUAACAAUCACAAACAAUUCAACCACGAGCAAAGCCAUCUUUAACAUUCUAUGCGCCGGACAAGCUAUGGUAAAGGAUGAAGGAGAAGAUUCUGACUAUAAUCCACGAGGCUCCUUUGGUCUGCCACGCUGGCUUGAGGUUUCGCCUGCAGCCGGGAUAAUACAUCCGGAAGGAUCCGUGGACGUGAAAGUUCAUCACGAAGAUUUUCACUCAUUGGAGGAACAUGUUGACGGCAUCCCACAGAAUUGGUGGUGCGAAGAUACUCGAGAUAAAGAAGCAAUCCUGAUGGUGAACAUUCGAGGAAGCUGUUCAACUACAUUGACAAGCCACUCUAUCAAAGUCCGUCACUGUUUCUCAGCCAGAGUAUGCCUCCUUGAGAACAGACCCACAAACCUAACAAAGAACUUAGGCGGUUCACGUCGUUACCCAACAGAUAUUACCCGUAAUGGAAGCACUAGAUCAAAAACUGAAGACUCGGUUAAACGAGGUAAAAGCCGGUGAUGAGCUCUUGUAACAUUGACAGUUUUAACUAGAACUUAGAGCAGAGGAACAACAAAGUCAUCACAAAAUAUGCAUCAUCAGGUGAAGAAGAAUUGGUUUCAUUUAUUCUUUGAUUCUUUAGGAAAUCCGUUGUGUGAAAAAAUUGUAGAUUUGCUUCGAGACUGUUCCUCAAAGGUAGUAGCAUGUAUUCAACUUUUGUACCUCCUCACUUGAAUCAAAACGGUUCACAGGUACGUGAUCCGCGUAUACA